AUGGGUAAUGCCGCUCUCUGCCCGUCCUGUCAUGCGGAUAAGAGCGUAAGAGCACAGGGACACAUGCAGGAAUUGGAUAAAACCCCAGACUACUAUGGCUGUAACAGCGAGGACACGAGAGAACUUGGGGUGUGGUCUGACAGCAAUGCGAGCUUUCUCCGUGCUGCCAGAGCAGGCAACCUGGACAAAGUAGUGGAAUAUCUGAAGGGGGGCAUAGACAUCAAUACCUGCAAUCAGAAUGGACUCAAUGCUCUCCACCUGGCUGCCAAGGAGGGCCACGUGGGCCUGGUUCAGGAGCUGCUGGGAAGAGGGUCCUCUGUGGAUUCUGCCACUAAGAAGGGAAACACUGCUCUUCACAUUGCAUCUUUGGCAGGACAAGCAGAAGUUGUCAAAGUUCUUGUUAAGGAAGGAGCCAAUAUUAAUGCCCAGUCUCAGAAUGGCUUUACUCCUUUAUACAUGGCUGCCCAGGAGAACCACAUUGAUGUUGUAAAAUAUCUGCUUGAAAAUGGAGCUAAUCAGAGCACUGCUACUGAGGAUGGCUUCACGCCACUCGCGGUGGCACUCCAGCAAGGACACAACCAGGCAGUGGCCAUCCUCUUAGAGAAUGAUACCAAAGGGAAAGUGAGGCUGCCAGCUCUGCAUAUUGCAGCUAGGAAAGAUGACACCAAAUCCGCUGCACUCCUGCUUCAGAACGAUCACAAUGCUGACGUACAAUCCAAGAGUGGUUUUACCCCUUUGCACAUUGCCGCCCACUAUGGAAAUGUUAACGUGGCAACUCUUCUUCUAAACCGGGGAGCUGCUGUGGACUUUACAGCUAGGAACGGAAUCACUCCUCUGCAUGUGGCUUCCAAAAGGGGAAACACAAACAUGGUGAAGCUCUUACUGGAUCGUGGUGGUCAGAUCGAUGCCAAAACUAGGGAUGGGUUGACACCCCUUCACUGUGCUGCAAGAAGUGGGCAUGACCAAGUGGUAGAGCUUCUGCUGGAACGGGGUGCUCCCUUGCUGGCAAGGACUAAGAAUGGGCUGUCUCCACUUCAUAUGGCUGCACAGGGGGACCACGUGGAAUGUGUGAAGCACCUGUUACAGCACAAGGCACCCGUUGAUGAUGUCACCCUAGAUUACCUGACAGCCCUCCACGUUGCUGCACACUGUGGCCACUACCGUGUGACCAAACUCCUUCUGGACAAGAGAGCCAAUCCAAACGCCAGAGCCCUGAAUGGUUUUACUCCACUGCACAUUGCCUGCAAGAAAAACCGCAUCAAAGUCAUGGAACUGCUGGUGAAAUAUGGGGCUUCAAUCCAAGCUAUCACAGAGUCUGGCCUCACACCAAUACAUGUGGCUGCCUUCAUGGGCCACUUGAACAUUGUCCUCCUUCUGCUGCAGAACGGAGCCUCUCCAGAUGUCACUAACAUUCGUGGGGAGACUGCAUUGCACAUGGCAGCCCGGGCAGGGCAGGUCGAAGUGGUCCGAUGCCUAUUGAGAAAUGGUGCCCUUGUCGACGCCAGAGCCAGGGAGGAACAGACACCUUUGCACAUUGCCUCUCGCCUGGGUAAGACAGAAAUUGUCCAGCUGCUUCUACAACAUAUGGCUCAUCCAGAUGCAGCCACGACAAAUGGGUACACGCCAUUGCACAUCUCUGCCAGGGAAGGCCAGGUAGAUGUGGCAUCAGUCCUCUUGGAAGCAGGAGCAGCCCACUCCUUAGCUACCAAGAAGGGUUUUACUCCCCUGCAUGUAGCAGCCAAGUAUGGAAGCCUGGAUGUGGCAAAACUCCUCUUACAACGCCGCGCUGCCGCAGAUUCUGCAGGGAAGAACGGCCUUACCCCGCUCCACGUUGCUGCUCAUUAUGACAACCAGAAGGUAGCACUGCUGUUACUGGAGAAGGGCGCUUCCCCGCAUGCCACGGCCAAGAAUGGCUAUACUCCUUUACAUAUUGCUGCCAAGAAGAAUCAAAUGCAGAUAGCUUCCACGCUCCUGAACUAUGGAGCAGAGACUAACAUUGUAACAAAACAAGGAGUAACCCCACUCCACCUGGCCUCACAGGAGGGGCACACGGAUAUGGUCACCUUGCUUCUGGAUAAGGGAGCCAAUAUCCACAUGUCAACCAAGAGUGGACUCACGUCUUUACACCUUGCAGCCCAGGAAGAUAAAGUGAAUGUUGCUGACAUUCUUACUAAGCACGGGGCUGACCAGGAUGCUCACACGAAGCUUGGUUACACCCCUUUAAUUGUGGCCUGUCACUAUGGAAAUGUGAAAAUGGUCAACUUUCUUCUGAAGCAGGGUGCAAACGUCAACGCAAAAACCAAGAACGGCUACACGCCUUUGCACCAGGCCGCCCAGCAGGGCCACACGCACAUCAUCAACGUCCUGCUGCAGCACGGGGCCAAGCCCAACGCCACCACCGCGAAUGGCAACACCGCCUUGGCGAUUGCUAAGCGUCUGGGCUACAUCUCCGUGGUCGACACCCUGAAGGUUGUAACGGAGGAGGUCACCACCACCACCACGACUAUCACUGAAAAACACAAGCUAAAUGUUCCUGAGACGAUGACUGAGGUUCUUGAUGUUUCUGAUGAAGAAGCCUUUAAACAGUUCGGUGACAACUUUAUUGAUGGGGAAGCACUUAGUGAUUCAGGUGAUGACACAAUGACAGGCGAUGGGGGAGAAUACCUUAGGCCCGAGGAUCUGAAAGAACUGGGUGAUGACUCACUACCCAGCAGUCAGUUCCUGGAUGGUAUGAAUUACCUGCGAUACAGCUUGGAGGGAGCACGCUCUGACAGCCUCCGAUCCUUCAGUUCCGACAGGUCUCACACCCUGAGCCAUGCCUCUUACCUGAGGGACAGUGCCAUGAUUGACGACACAGUUGUCAUCCCCAGCCACCAGGUGUCAACUCUAGCCAAGGAGGCAGAAAGGAAUUCUUACCGUCUCAGCUGGGGCACUGAGAACUUAGACAACGUGGCUCUUUCUUCCAGCCCUAUUCAUUCAGGCCGCUCCUCUCCAUGUCUUGGUCGUGACAACAGCAGUUUCCUGGUUAGUUUUAUGGUGGAUGCUCGAGGUGGCGCUAUGCGAGGAUGCAGACACAAUGGGCUCCGUAUCAUUAUUCCACCUCGGAAAUGUACGGCCCCAACUCGAGUCACCUGCCGCCUGGUCAAACGCCAUAGACUGGCAACAAUGCCUCCAAUGGUGGAAGGAGAAGGCCUGGCCAGUCGCCUGAUCGAAGUCGGACCUUCUGGUGCUCAGUUCCUUGGUAAACUUCACCUGCCAACGGCCCCUCCCCCACUUAAUGAGGGAGAAAGUUUGGUCAGCCGCAUCCUUCAGCUGGGGCCUCCUGGAACCAAAUUCCUUGGGCCCGUGAUCGUGGAGAUCCCUCAUUUUGCUGCCCUUCGAGGAAAGGAGCGGGAACUGGUGGUCCUACGCAGUGAGAACGGGGACAGCUGGAAAGAGCAUUACUGUGAAUACACUGAAGACGAGUUGAAUGAAAUCCUUAAUGGCAUGGAUGAAGUGCUGGAUAGCCCGGAAGACCUAGAAAAGAAGCGAAUCUGCCGCAUCAUCACCCGUGACUUCCCACAGUACUUUGCAGUGGUGUCUCGCAUCAAACAGGACAGCAAUCUGAUUGGCCCAGAGGGAGGCGUGCUGAGCAGCACUGUGGUGCCCCAGGUGCAGGCUGUCUUUCCAGAGGGGGCGCUAACCAAGAGGAUCCGUGUGGGCCUACAGGCUCAACCUAUGCACAGUGAGCUGGUUAAGAAGAUUCUAGGCAACAAAGCUACCUUCAGCCCUAUAGUCACUUUGGAACCUAGAAGAAGAAAAUUCCACAAACCAAUUACCAUGACCAUUCCUGUCCCUAAAGCUUCAAGUGAUGUCAUGUUGAAUGGUUUUGGGGGAGAUGCACCAACCUUGAGAUUACUCUGCAGCAUAACAGGUGGAACCACUCCUGCACAAUGGGAAGAUAUUACAGGAACUACGCCAUUAACAUUUGUCAAUGAAUGUGUUUCCUUUACAACCAAUGUGUCUGCCAGGUUCUGGCUGAUAGAUUGUCGACAAAUCCAGGAAUCUGUUACCUUUGCAUCACAAGUGUAUAGAGAAAUUAUCUGUGUACCGUAUAUGGCCAAAUUUGUUGUGUUUGCCAAAUCACACGACCCCAUUGAAGCCAGGUUGAGAUGUUUCUGCAUGACUGAUGAUAAAGUGGAUAAGACCCUAGAACAACAAGAAAACUUUGCUGAGGUGGCCAGAAGCAGGGAUGUAGAGGUACUAGAAGGAAAACCCAUCUAUGUUGAUUGUUUUGGCAACCUGGUGCCAUUAACCAAGAGUGGCCAACAUCAUAUCUUCAGUUUUUUUGCCUUCAAAGAAAACCGACUUCCUCUCUUUGUCAAGGUACGUGACACGACUCAGGAACCUUGCGGGCGACUAUCGUUUAUGAAAGAGCCAAAAUCCACAAGAGGCCUGGUGCAUCAAGCUAUUUGCAACUUAAACAUCACCCUGCCGAUUUAUACAAAGAUGCCAUGCAAGAUGGAAAAAAGAGAGCAGGAAGAAGAGAUCGAUAUGACAUCAGAAAAAAAUGAUGAGACAGAAUCUACAGAAACAUCUGUCCUGAAAAGUCACCUGGUUAAUGAAGUUCCUGUCCUAGCCAGUCCGGACUUGCUCUCUGAAGUUUCUGAGAUGAAACAAGAUUUGAUCAAAAUGACCGCCAUCUUGACCACAGAUGUAUCUGAUAGGGCAGGUUCUAUCAAGGUGAAGGAGCUGGUGAAGGCUGCUGAGGAAGAGCCAGGAGAGCCUUUUGAAAUUGUUGAAAGAGUUAAAGAGGACUUAGAGAAAGUGAAUGAAAUCCUGAGAAGUGGAACCUGCACGAGAGAUGAAGGCAGUGUGCGAAGGUCUCAGUCGGAGAGAGAAUUAGAGGAAGAGGAAUGGGUGAUUGUCAGUGAUGAGGAAAUAGAGGAGGCUAAGCUAAAAGCACCUUUAGAAAUCACCGAAUACCCAUGUGUAGAAGUUAGAAUAGAUAAAGAACACAACGUCAAAGUAGAGAAAGACUCAACUGGGCUAGUGAACUACCUUACUGAGGAUCUAAAUUCCUGUGUGUCUCCUCAUGAAAGGCCACUGCAGACAGUUCAAGAGAUAACAGGGGAGAAGCGUGAGGCUCUGGCUACUGGCAGGAGCUCUGAAAAUGAAGGGAAAGAUGCAACCCCAGAUGAGACACAAAGUGCGCAGAAACAGCACAAACCGAGCCUGGGAAUAAAGAAGCCAGUGAGAAGGAAAUUAAAAGAAAAACAAAAACAAAAAGAGGAAAGUGUACAAGGUAGUGCAGAAAAAAGUGAACUUAAAAAAUGUAGUUCAGAAGAGUCAUUAGAUGAAGAUGCAGGUUUAGCCCCCGAGCCCCUUCCCACUGUAAAGGCCACUUCACCUUUGAUAGAAGAAACUCCCAUUGGUUCCAUAAAGGACAAAGUAAAGGCCCUUCAGAAACGAGUGGAAGAUGAACAAAAAGGUCGAAGCAAGUUGCCAGUCAGAGUCAAAGGUAAGGAAGAUGUGCCAAAAAAGGUAACCCACAGGACACAUCCAGCUGCAUCACCCUCUCAGAAGUCAGAGAGGCAUGUACUGGCAUCACCCUCCUCUAAAACAGAAAGACACUCUUCUCUUUCCUCCUCUACAAAAACUGAGAGGCAUCCUCUGGUGUCACCGUCAAGUAAAGCUGAGAAGCACUCACCUGUGUCCCCCUCUGCAAAAACUGAAAGGCAUUCCCCUGUGUCAUCAAGUAAAACCGAGAAACACUCACCUGUGUCACCCUCGACAAAAACGGAAAGGCACUCCCCUGUGUCAUCUACAAAAACAGAAAGACACCCACCUAUUUCACCUUCAGGUAAAAUGGACAAACGCCCACCUGUAUCGCCCUCUGGGAGAAUGGAGAAACAUGCACCAGGAUCACCUGGGAGAACAGAAAAACGCUUGCCUGUGUCACCAGCUGGACGAAUGGAAAAGCAUCCACCUGUAUCAACCUCUGGAAAAACUGAGAAGCAUCUGCCUGUGUCGCCUUCUGGGAAAACAGAAAAGCUACCACCUGUAUCCCCCACCUCAAAAACAGAAAGAAUUGAGGAGACAAUGUCUGUCCGGGAGUUGAUGAAAGCUUUCCAGUCAGGUCAGGACCCAUCUAAACAUAAGACUGGACUCUUUGAGCACAAGUCAGCAAAACAAAAGCAGCCACAAGAAAAAGGCAAAGCUCGGGUAGAAAAAGAAAAGGGGCAGAUGCUAAACCACAGAGAAACACAGAAAACCGAGAGUCAGACGAUCAAACGAGGCCAGAGAUUUGUGGUAACAGGAGUUUCCGAAUCCAAAAGAGCAGUCCGUGCUUCCUCCGUAGGGUUUAAGAGAGAAGAUCUAGUUACAGAGAAGGCGAAAGCUCUUAGCCACAAAACACCUGAACCCGUUCAGUCAGCACCAGAAGAAGAAAGCCAUAAAGAGAGUGAAGUUCCCAAAGAAAAGCUGACUGAUGAACAGGGAGACAUGGAUCUCCAGAUCAGCCCAGACAGGAAAACCUCCACUGACUUUUCUGACGUCAUUAAGCAAGAAUUGGAAGACAAUGACAAAUACCAACAAUUCCGAAUGAGUGAGAAGACAGAAGAAGUACAGCUUCACUUAGAUCAAGUACUUACUAGUCCUUUCAACACAACAUUUCCACUAGAUUACAUGAAAGAUGAAUUUCUCCCGGCUCUGUCUUUACAAAGUGGUGCUUUGGAUGGCAGUUCUGAGAGCCUCAAGCCUGAAGGGGUGGCAGGUUCUCCAUGUGGCAGCCUGAUGGAAGGGACCCCUCAGAUUAGUUCCGAAGAAAGCUAUAAGCAUGAGGGCCUUGCAGAGACCCCUGAGACAAGCCCAGAAAGCCUUUCUUUCUCACCGAAGAAAAGUGAGGAGCAAAUUGGGGAAAUAAGCGGAACGACAAAGUCAGAAACACCAAUAGCAGUUCCUUCAGAAAAAGACCAUCCCUCAAUCAAAGACAUCACUGAUGGUUCUGAAGAACAAGGUGCCAUAGUCACUGAAGGCACGGAGUCCUCAGCUGAGUGUUUGCUGAAGGAGGCCACCCUAGACCCUUCCAAAGAUACAUGCCCCGAGCAAGAAGAUGAUUCCCUUGGCAGCUGCAGUGUGUUACUAGCCAAAGAAACACCCAAAGGAUUGACUGCGGAAGCAUUCUCUGAUGAGGGUCAACUUACGAAAGUUGGUUCAGCCCACAAAACCCACACUGAUACUGAAGCUCAGAAAUCCACAACCACUGAGCCCUCAGAUGAGACAAAGGCCUCUCCACGGCCCGAAGCUUGUAUAAAGACAGGCACAGGAACUGAAUCAAAGCCCCAGGGAGUUGCUAGAAGUCCCCAGGGGUUAGAACUUGCACUCCCUAGCCGAGAUAGUGAGGUCCUCAGCCCCGGUGCUGAUGAAUCCUUUGCAGUGAGCCACAGAGACUCCCUGGAAGCCAGCCCUGUGCUGGAGGAUAACUCCUCACACAAAACGCCGGAUUCUCUGGAGCCAAGUCCUCUGAAAGAAUCCCCUUGCCGUGACUCUCUUGAAAGCAGCCCUGUGGAACCAAAGAUGAAGGCUGGAGUUCUCCCAAGUCACUUCCCUCUUCCUGCAGCCAUAGCCAAAACAGAACUCUUUACGGAAGUGGCCUCUGUGCGGUCCCGGCUGCUCCGAGACCCGGAUGGCAGUGCCGAGGAUGACAGUGUUGAGCAAACGUCACUGGUAGAGAGCUCAGGGAAGAGCCCCCUUUCUCCUGACACCCCCAGCUCGGAAGAAAUUAGCUAUGAGGUCACACCCAAAGCCACAGAUGCAAGCACACCCAAACCAGCUGUAAUUCACGAAUGUGCAGAGGAGGAUGACUUGGAAAAUGGGGAGAAAAGGAGAUUCACACCUGAAGAGGAAAUGUUUAAAAUGGUAACCAAAAUCAAAACGUUUGACGAACUUGAACAAGAAGCAAAGCAGAAAAGGGACUACAAGAAAGAACCCAAGCAAGAAGAAUCUUCUUCAUCCUCUGACCCAGAUGCUGACUGUUCAGCAGAUGUGGAUGAACCAAAACAGAUGGAGAGUGUCGAGGAUGAAAGCGAUGUCCCUGUGGUAGUAACAUCGGAGAGCAGAAAGACUUCUUCCUCCUCCGAGAGUGAACCUGAGUUGGCACAGCUGAAAAAAGGUGCUGACGCAGGCCUCUUACCAGAGCCAGUUAUUCGGGUGCAGCCUCCUUCCCCACUUCCAUCCAGCGUAGACUCCAAUUCCAGUCCUGAAGAAGUACAAUUUCAACCCAUCGUUUCCAAACAAUACACUUUCAAAAUGAAUGAAGAUAGUCAAGAAGAGUCCAGUAAAUCAGAAGAAAAAGAUCGUGAAUCCCAUGUACCUGAAGAGAGUCCUACUGUUUCUACUAACGGCCCAGAUAUGUCUUAUGAUGAUCUGAACGGAGAUGCUGAGCAACCAGAAGUCUGUGAAGGCCAUAGGUGUGGGACCGGAAGUCCCAGCAGCUCAGUCACUCCUAUACCUUCAGGUCUCUACAGCUCCCCCAGGGAAGAUGCCAACGAGCAGCUAACUAUCCACGAGGAAUCAGUACCUCUGCAAGACACUGAUGAAAAAGACACCAAAGGAGAAGAGCUUGAUGUUUCUCGAGUGGAAUCUCUACAGAUAGAUUGCCCCAGUGAAAGCUCUUCAUCUUUGUCCUCCUUGCCUCACUGUCCAGCCUCUGAAGGACAAGAAUUAGAUGAAGACAUAUCCCCUCUCUCUUCUGCUACAAAAAGGGAGGACACCAAAACCGACCAGGCUUUUGAGAGCUUACCGAAGGACUAUGCCACUCAAGACUCACCGAUUACUACUCAAACAGAUAAAUUGUACAUGGAUGUUCCAGUGUCUGACCCAGCUGAGACUGAUGAAAUCUACGAUCCUCAAAUAAUAAGCCCUUAUGAAAAUGUUCCUUCCCAAUCUUUUUUCUCCAGUGAAGAAAGCAAAACCCAAACGGAUGCAGGACACACAAGUUUUCACUCUUCGGAAGUGUGUUCUGUUACCAUCACAUCCUCUGUUGAAGACGUGGUGGUAACCAGCUCCCCCAAUAGAACUGUUUCAAGCCAAGAAUCUAAUUUUGAGGACCAAAACAUGGAAAAAGAAUCCAAACAAGAAAGCACCUCAUGGGAAAAGCAAUCAGAUCAAGCCCCUUCAUCUUUAGAGCCUUCUGUACCAAAUACAUCAGCAGUUGUUAGUGACCAAAUCAGCAAAGUCAUCAUCACAAAAACUGAUGUGGAUUCGGAUUCCUGGAGUGAAAUCCGUGAGGAUGAUGAAGCCUUUGAAGCUCGAGUGAAAGAGGAAGAACAAAAGAUAUUUGGUUUGAUGGUAGACAGACAAUCACAGGGUACCACCCCUGACACCACUCCGGCAAGGACCCCAACUGAAGAGGGGACCCCAACCAGUGAGCAAAACCCAUUUCUCUUUCAGGAAGGAAAAUUGUUUGAGAUGACCCGAAGUGGUGCCAUCGAUAUGACCAAAAGGUCCUAUGCCGAUGAAAGUUUUCACUUUUUCCAAAUUGGGCAAGAAUCCAGGGAAGAGACUCUCUCUGAAGACAUGAAAGAAGGGAGUCCUGGGGCUGAGCCCCCACAACGGGAGACAUCAGCUGAGUCACUAGCUCUCUCAGAAUCCAAAGAAACAGUGAGUGAGGAAGCAUACUUAAUUCCAGAUGACCUGAGUGAGGAAGCAGAGGAAAUACCUGCUUCAGAUGCUCAACUUAACACCCACAUGGGGAACUCAACCUCCAUUGAAACAUCACCAAAAGAGGCUCUUUCUGAAGGCGCCGAGGACCUCCCCACCACACAAAUGGGUGAUACGCCUCCUAAAUCUUGUGUGAAAGAUCCAUCUUGCCCUGACCCCCCUGAAUCAGUUGUACACAUUCAGUUAGAUUUUUCCGCAGUUACCAGGUCUGUGUAUUCAGAUCGGGAGGGUGAUUCUCCUGAUUCUUCCCCAGAGGAACAGAAAUCAGUAAUUGAAAUCCCUACUGCACCCAUGGAGAAUGUGCCUUCUACUGAAAGCAAAUCCAAAAUUCCAGUAAGGACUAUACCCACAUCAACCCCGGCACCCCUAUCCGUGGAGUAUGAGAGUUCCCUUUCUGAAGAUUUCUUACCCAGCCUGGAUGAGGAAAGUAAAGAGGAUGAAACAAAACCAAAGUCUAAAAUCCCUGUGAAAGCCCCUGUCCAAAGAGUAGAGCAGCAGCUUUCACAUCUAGAUUCAUCUCUCCAGAAAAUAGUGGCUCCUCAGGGUCAGGACAUGACAAGCAGAACACCAGAUAGUGGAAGCAAAUCUGAAUCUGAUGCCAGUGCUUUGGACUCAAAGACCAAAUGUCCAGUAAAAACCAAAAGUUACACUGAGACAGAAACAGAGAGCAGAGAGAGGACAGAGGAGCUGGAGUUAGAUUCAGAAGAGGGGGCCACCAGACCAAAGAUAUUUACAUCCCGAUUGCCAGUUAAGAGCAAAAGCACCACAUCUUCCUGCAAAGGCGCUGUGAGCCCUACAAAAGAAAGUAAGGAGCAUUUCUUUGACCUUUACAGGAACUCCAUAGAAUUCUUUGAGGAGAUUAGUGAUGAGGCUUCCAAGUUAGUGGAUAGACUUACACAGUCAGAAAGGGAGCAAGACUUAGUUUCAGAUGAUGAAAGUAGUAGUGCCCUGGAAGUUUCAGUAAUUGAAAAUCUGCCACCUGUUGAGACCGAGCAUUCAAUUCCUGAGGACAUCUUUGACACAAGGCCUAUUUGGGAUGAGUCCAUUGAGACUCUGAUUGAACGCAUCCCUGAUGAAAAUGGCCAUGACCAUGCUGAAGAUCAACAGGAUGAGCAGGAACGGAUCGAGGAAAGGCUGGCUUAUAUUGCUGAUCAUCUUGGCUUCAGCUGGACAGAAUUAGCAAGAGAACUGGAUUUCACUGAGGAGCAGAUUCAUCAAAUCCGAAUUGAGAACCCGAACUCCCUCCAAGACCAGAGCCAUGCGCUAUUGAAGUACUGGCUAGAAAGGGAUGGCAGGCAAGCUACAGAUACCAAUCUCAUUGAAUGUCUCACCAAGAUCAACCGAAUGGAUAUUGUUCAUCUCAUGGAGGCCAGCACAGAGCCUCUCCAAGAGCGCAUCAGUCAUAGCUAUGCAGAAAUUGAACAGACAAUUGCACUGGAUCAUAGUGAAGGGUUCUCAGUCCUUCAGGAGGAGCUAUGCACUGCACAGCAUAAGCAGAAAGAGGAGCAAGCUGCUUCUAAAGAGAGCGAGUCCUGCGAUCACCCUCCCAUUGUCUCAGAGGAAGACAUUUCUGUCGGUUAUUCCACUUUUCAGGAUUACAUCCCCAAAGCUGAGGGGGACAGCUCAGCAACAGAGCUCUUUCCCCAAACUCACAAGGAGCAAGUUCAACAGGAUUUCUCAGGGAAAAUGCAAGACCGGCCUGAAGAGUCAUCUCUUGAGUGUCAGCAGGAGUACUUUGUGACAACCCCAGGGACGGAAGUGUCAGAGCCUCAAAAGGCUACGGCUGUAUCUGGCUCUCCCAGCAAGACCCCUGAGGAAAUUAGGACCCCUCCUGAGGAGGAGAGGCCAUACCUCCAGACCCCAACAUCUAGUGAGCAGGGAGACUCUCCCAUCAUACAAGAACCCGAAGAGCCCCCAGAACACGGGGAGGAGCGUUCUCAGAAAACCAGCCUUGUGAUAGUGGAGUCUGCUGAUGACCAGCCACAGGCCCUUGAAAGACUCGAUGAAGAUGCAGCUUUCCAUAAGGGAGAUGAUAUGCCUGACAUACCCCCGGAAACAGUCACAGAAGAAGAAUACAUUGAUGAGCAGGGACACACUGUGGUCAAGAAGGUCACUAGGAAAAUCAUUAGGCGGUACGUAUCCUCUGAUGGCACAGAGAAAGAGGAGGUUACAAUGCAGGGAACGGCCCAGGGACCCAUCAGCAUUGAGGAAGGAGAUGGCUAUUCCAAAGUCAUGAAGCGCAUUGUAUUAAAGAGUGACACCGAACAGUCAGAGGUAACUUUGUCUGAGCCCAGCAUUUUGUCCAGUACCUCACAAUUUCAGGCUGAACCAGUGGAAGGCCGUAGAGUCAGCAAAGUUGUUAAAACAACUAUGGUACAUGGAGAGAGGAUGGAGAAACAUCUGGGUGAUUCUAGUUUAGCCACUGAUCUUCCUUCAGCCAAAGAUGACUUUGAAGAGGACAACAAUGAGUAAAGCCAGUACACAGAAGAGGGCUGUGGUGAAGGACCAGCAUGGAAAACGCAUUUACUUGGAGCACCUGGAGGACGUACCAGAAGCACUAGACCAAGAUGACCUCCAGCGCGACCUCCAGCAACUCCUUCGGCAUUUCUGCAAGGAGGACUCAAAGCAAGAGGCCAAAUGAGGGGCUGCCCGGUCCUCACCCCAGAAACCACACAUUCACUCAAUAUGCAACUUCCCGUUUCAUUAGCAGAGUGACCUACCCGGCCUAAUGGGAUACCCUGACACUUCCACUUUUAGCAAAUACACACUGCAUUCUGUUGCAGUUUUUCCCCCCGUCCUCUUUAACUGUACGCUAAUUUGUGACCAAAGAUAGCAUCCUUCAGUCUGGAUGCUGUAUCCACUACUUUGUUGUGUCUGUGCUAAAUUGAGAACUGGCCACCUCCAUCGUUCUUUGCUCCUGAACAAACUCCAUGAAAAUCCAUCGAUCAGAAGAACUUCACCUACAGACCUCUUCAAGGGAUGAUACCUAGGAGUCCUCCCCAGGGAUAUCCUUGUACCAUGUAGAUAGCUCAAAAGCUCAGAUGAACAACAUAUUAAAAUUAAAACCACUGCCUAUCACAACUACACUGGGCAUCAUGGACUAAAAGGCCUCUAGAAAUUGCUGAACAAUGGUUAGUUAAGAUAUUGCUAACACAAUCGAAUGCUAAUACAGUUCUACCGCAAAAGAAGCACUUCAGACCUACCGUGUCCUUAGAACUUCCAGAGUAGCCAUUGCUCCCAGUUAAAGAUGGGUUAAUAACCUCAAGGAACUACCCUAACUAAGCACUUAAUGCUGGUGCUGGCCAGCCUUGAUUUAUGAUUCUCCAACAGCCACACGAGGGAGGGGAGAAAGGGGGAGCAGAAGGCAAAAGGAACAAAGCAAUGAGGUAUUCAGCUGCUAGCAGCCACAUCCUGUGGCAUUCUAGCAUCUUCAGGUCUUUCAGAUUUUGGACACAUUGGCAGGGUAUUUUAAAAGCUAUAACUACUGUAGUUUUCCAGUUUUCAUUGCUGCUUUAGCAAACCACGCUGUCUUAUUGGUGGUACUUUCUUCUGGCCACUGCACUGUAGAUAAUUCAUUGGAAACAAGGUUUACCCACUACACAAAAGGUUAAACUCCUUCACCAUGUUGGAGUGGUUCUCCCCCGCCCCGGGUUUAUAUCUUCUCUAAUACCUGCAUGUAGCAUUUAAAAAUCAAAACCACAGUCAAAACUCCUAAUCACACUGAUGGUUUUCAUUCUUUUGACCCUGAGCAAGCACUUUUCACUUUCCGCUAGGUCUGUUUUUUAGCUUGCAGACAAGGUUGAGAAAUCCUUACAAAUUUGGUUUUGGUUAAAAUUUUUGAUUUAUUUAUUUGAAAUCCAAACUCCCUUGGAAACUCUUAAGUGCAUUUGUGCACUUUUUUGUUUGUUUCAGAGAAGGAACUUUAAUCAUCUGAGUGAUUUCCAUGUCCUAUUCCUUAUUCCUCUAGUGGUUGAAGCUGUGUAGCAUUUUAACAUAUAUAUAUAUUCACAAAUAUAUUCAUAUAAACAAUAUACAUUUCGAAUCAGUUAUUUGUUAAAGAAAAGUAUAUUCAAUGAAGAUGAAAUUAAAAAAAAAAAGUCUAUCCUCCAGGGAUUGAACAUUUUCCAAUUCUAUCUGGUCUUUUCCUGUUGUGCAAAAAUGACUCAUUGCUCCGAAUGUCAAAAACAAAUGUGACAAACAAUGGCACUUCAUCAUUUCAAGCAAUGUUGCCAAGGGAGAAAAUUUCCUGGGAGGGAGGUUUCCCACAAGCCAAAUCUCUUAAAGCCUCAAUAGCUAGCACUUUCUGGCAGUUGGAUAGGAAAUAAAGCUUUCUUUGGCAGCCAAAAUGAGAGAGGCUCAUGGUGAAACUUUUUGAGACACACCAUGGCCUUCUUGUCAAAACCUUCACUGGAGCUCAAGAAAAGCAUUUCUGUUGUGUUAUUUGCAGUGCAGAUGAUGUCUGUGUAACAACAUAAUGGUUAUUCACCUUUUUUUGAUUUUUGAUUUUUGCUGUGUAAUCAAAAAACUUGAAUACUGUGAGAAGAAGUGAAUUUUCAGUUGAUGAAUCAGCAUCUUGUUCCCAUGGUGAUAACACUAAUUGAAUAUAUCUAUGAGGGCAUGUAUUAGUUAAUGGAAAAAAAAAAAUACAACACUAACAAUACAUAGCUGCAAUGUGUACAAUGGCUGAUUUAAUUAAAUAAAAUGUACAAGUGUUAAA